AUGCAAUGGGUGCCCAAACCGGGCCUCUACGUUACCUUGACCCCUGACGGGUUUUAUCCAGACGACCAGCCCGUCCCGCAGGCCAAGAUCGGCUGCGGCGAGUCGACUGCCACGGAGGAUACACCAGAGUGCAUCACGAACUACGCGACAGUCAACUUCUCCAAAGGCUGCAACAUGAGCUUCAGGUGCUAUGAGGGUGACACUGAGAAGGACGAGGCCGAGCUGACAGACAUCUUCCCGGAAGCGGUGUCGGAGCCAACCAAGAUACGUCCGGACGGCCAGCGGAUCGGGAAGUCCACUGCGUGCGGUAUCUACAAUCACGAAUCAUGUCUUAUAACCGCAUUGCUGUAUACGGCCAUCGUAUCCGAUCCGACGGGGCUCCCGUUGGGCGUGACUGCAAUCGAGGUGGACUUGGAAGACCAGGAAACCCUCAUCGCCGCUCUACAAAACAUCGAUAUCGUCAUAUCCCUAGUCGGCCACGAGGGCGUAACAAGACAGCAUGUUUUUGUCAAGGCUAUCCCGCGCACCGAGGUCAAUCUGUUCGUGCCGUCUGAUCUUGGAUUCCGCGUCGAUGAACAAGGGCUGCGGGUCCCCGUGAAUAAGACUAAACACGACGUGGAGGAGGCGGCCAGGGAAGCGGGAAUCUCUACCACUGUUGUACUAGUUGGCUGCUUUGCUGGGUCGUCGCUUGCUUUUCCCAUUAUGGGAGUUGAUACUCCCGGAAAUCGCCUCGUCCUUACAGGGGACAGCGGGAAUCAACAUAUGAACCUCUGCACCAGGAACUACGUCGCGGAAGCCUAUGCAUCGAUGUUUACCAGCACGCCCCCAUCUCAACUACAGGCCCGUGCCAUCGGUCUUUCGGAACUGAAAGCCACUGGAAAUGAGAUCGCGUCGGCGCUGGAAGAAAAGCACGAGAAGAGCCCAGAAAAGAUCAUACACAGCCUAGAAAAGGUCGACGCGAACAUCGAGAAUUGUAUAAAGUCCGGCAUCCCACUUGCCCUGCCUUGGUAUUGUCGCAAAGCCUGGGGCACCGGACUGUUGAUGCAAGGGGUAGGGGAGGACAUCUGGGAGGUGGAAGGAUACCAGAAGACCAGCCUGCGAGAGCUGCUGGUUGAUGGAAAGCUGGAGCCUUACCGUGAUGUCCCUGAGCAGUUGGUCCAGGUCUUUAUGGCUAUUUUCACGAACUGA